CUGUCUACACACUCUUGUUUCUCUUUUAAUAAUAUUUCUAUCGUUUCGUUUAAUUUCACCUCUUAAAAUCUGACAAAAAUCAGUCAAGUUUUCGCCGUCUUCUUAAAAAAAAACCAGAAUGUUGUGGAACAGGCCUUUUUAUUUUUGAUUCCUGAUUGAUCAAGAAUUUGGAAGAUGACCUCGACGCUAGAUGAAUUAUUUGAUCAAAUAAUUCAUUCGGAACGACGGGCACAGGAGAGGAAGAACCGCCUUCUUGAAGGCAAGGAAUCUUUUCAUCCGAAGGAUAUAAAACAGACCUGCCUAUGCUACCUGAAAAGAAAAAUUCAGAAAUGCCAAGAAAAACUACUGGCAACCAAAGAAGAAAGAGAGAGCCAACGUGGUCGACAGGUUUUAAAGGUACAACAACUGAACGAAGAAGAAUUGAGAUUAAAAUGGUUGACUAGUCAAGAAAUAAUUCUAACAGAACAAAAGCAAAUUGUUCUUGAAGAAAAGAUGGACCUAGAAAAAAAGAUGGAAACAGCAAUUGAACACUCUGAUGAAAUUUUGAAUGAAUUUGGAAAAAAUGUUAAUGAAUUUAUGAAAGACUUUGAUUUGACUGAUAAAGAUACAUCUAUCCGUGAUGUCACUUUAAAAGAUGAAUUAGAAGGAUUACUGGUAAAAGAAACAGAAUUGUCUGCUGAUAUUGAUGAAUAUGAAGCACACAUAAGAGAAAUAAAUAGAUUAACUGAUGAGAAGGAGAUUAUAGAAAACACAGUUUUAUCUUUAGUACAGGAACAAACGGAAAAAGAUCAGCUGUUAUCUGAAGAGAAGGAUAGUCUGAGUAAUUUAGAAAGAGAAAAGAAAUUAUUGAGUGAUUAUCCACAUACAAAUUCUGAAUUUUGUAGGUUACGGUCAGAUUUAAAUCAUUUAAUAUCGCACAGUCUGGAAGCAGAAUCUCAAAAGUUGCAACAAGAAGUAAACACGUUGCAGCUUAUGUUACGUCGUAAACAACUUGAAAGGGGUGAAAAGUCGACGAGUGGAAUACUAAAAUCAAGAACGUCAAUGGUGUCUGCACCUUCUUUUGCUCAAGAAACAUCCAAUCACACUCAGAAUACAUGUACCAGUAACAGUGAAACUCAUUCAAAUAGUGCCCAGUUUGAUGUCACGAAAGUUAAUUCAGGAAAUGAAACUGAAUUGAAAAGUGAGGGAGGAAGAUGUGAAACUAGUAACAGGUUAUAUAUUAGAAGUUAUCCUACAUUAGAUAGACAAUCACAUACUACACAGUCAGAAUUUAAAGGUUUAGUAGCCAACUCUGCCAACCAUGAUACAACCUCAUCUGAUCUCAAAACUAGAUCUCGACCAAUCAUACCUAAAGCCAUAUUUAAACCAAAAAGGAAGAAAUCUGUAUAAGAACAAAUCACUCUUAUUGUAACAUUCUUACUUUUAAAUAUUAUAUUCAAGGAAAUAACUACUUGAACACUAAGCUGGGGUAUUUAUUCUACCUAAAAAUUAUAAUCAUUCAAUUAUUGCAAAAGCUGAUGAACUCGGAACUAAUUUUCUGUCUUACUUUUGGUAUGAAAAAGGUAUUACAGUCCAAAAAAAAAAACAUCAUGUGGUCAUUAGAUAUUCGAAUAUGAUUAUAGUGAAACAUUCAUCAGGAAUUUUCCAAAAUCCGUUAUUGGUUCCUUAAAAAAAAUAUCUAACUGAAUGCAAGAAUUUAUAAUAGAAAUAUGAAAAGGAAUAAUAAAACAAAUAAAUUUU